AUGGACCCUACAACGACUCUCAUUACUUUUCUCCUCCAGACGGACCCCUCGGUCCAAUGCGUCCAGCUCAUUGGCUCCUGGGACAACUUUUCCGCGUGCUACGCCAUGAAUCGCGAUGUCCGCCGCGGUCGCGACCAGUGGAGGGGAUGCUAUUCCUUCAAGGACAUUGUUUGCGACAACGAGGCCAGCAUAAACGGCUUACGCAGGAAUGGGGGCCUCAAAAUGGGCGCCACCUACUACUACUAUUACGAGGUCAACGGCUCCACCGAGACGUACGAUCCCGCGGAGCCUUGGACGACGGCCUGCCCCUUUCUCCCCGGCCAGACUGUCAACACCCUGACUGUUCCAAUUGAACGUUGUUUGCGCCAGCGCAGCGCCUCCCUCAACUCCUUGCACGAGGAGAGCUUCAAGACAAUGGACCCAGAAGCCAAGUUUUCGACGCCGCGACCGCCUCACGACUCGACGUCGGGCAUGACGGCUCGUCGUCUUGCUUCGGCCCCAGCGCUCCUCCCUCACCGCUUGCCCCUCCGUUCGCCCCCAUCGACUCCCUCGUGGAAGCGUCUAUUCACCCGGAGGCUGCCUGUCCGCGAUCCAACCCAGUCCUCAGCAUGCGGCCAAGCCGCCGAACACUCGGUCCAGUUUUUGCCCACUGCGGAUCAGACUCGCUACUUCACUCCCCAUGAGAGUUGUGGUCGGAUGAGGGACAUAUCCCCCGAGUCUUUGCGCCAGUUCUUAUCUGAGGAUUUGUCGGCGCAACCCCCCUCAGUCGCCAGUCAGUUGUCGCCGGACUUGAGCAUACCCGACGACGUGGCCGAGGAGGUGGACGACGACAACUUUGCGACUUCGGCUGCCUCCGAGAACCAGCUGUAUGCCACAUCUCUAUCGCCGCCCCCCUUUCAACGCUCUACAUCCUCGGACACAAUGGCCCAGACCGUUACGAACUCGAGCUCCCUCACCCUCAUCGCGCCGCGCCCUUCGACCAAGCAGCAGGAGACGGAGAAGAGGCAAAAUUCAGACUCUUCGCACGGUCCCCCCUUGCCCAAGCUUGAGACCAAUCGGCAGAUUCGCUGGUCCAUCUCGGCCACUUCGAGCAUGGUCACCUCUCCCGUCUCCCCCCAGCUAGUCGAGGACGAACUGCCGUCUUUUUAUGACUCCAACGAUGAAGAUGAGGUUUUGUCGUGCAACGAUGGGGACCAUUUCUUUCACAUGCCGUCUCUGAGUCUGUCUUCCACGGAACAGUCAUUCAAGGGCUACAGUCUACCCCAACAUCACGACGGGGUGAAGACGGUGGCCGAGUCGAGCGCGGCCACGGGCGGCCUUCAUUCUCCACGCCUCUUGGCCCGAACCGACUCUGCCGAGCGUAUCAACGGAGCCAAUCUGUUGGGCACGACCAUUGACACCGGACUGGACGAUUUUGUCAGCGAACUGGGCUGGAUUGUCGACGUCAUCGGCACCAGGCAAUCUUAA